UUGAAGUGUGGAUUUGUUGUUGUUUCUUGAAUUAAUGGCGUUUCUAACAAAAAUGUGUUUAUUUGUGAUUUAUAUUAUAAAUGCAAUGAUUUAAAAGGUACAGAGCAAUGCCUACCAAACAAUUAAUCGCUAUUGAUUGAAAGCUGCAGUACUGUGCAGCAUGGCGGCCAUGGAGCUGCGGCUCGGCGGGCUGCAGGAGGAGCAGCUGGAGCGCUUCGCGGAGGAGUUCUGCAAGCACGAGGAGCUCAUGAAGCCCCGCCUCUCCUACGCCGUACAGGCGGUGCAGGCGCGCAGGCAGGCGCUGCAGGCACUGGGGGAGGUGUUCGGCGUGCCGGACAUGCGGGAGAUGGCGCGGCUGCUAGCGCGCUUCCGGCACCUCUGCGUCAACAAGAUGCGGUGGCUGAUCCGCGUGGCGCAGGCGCGCUACGGCACCGGCGCCGACGCGCUGCACAUCGCGCCUGCGUGGCUGCGCAAGCUGGACGUACCCUUCAACCUCAUGAUCACCGCGCUCAAGAUGGAGAGCGUGCACGAAGGGCCGCGGUCUCCGCACAGCAUGCGGAUGGCACGCUUCACUUGGGAGCUGUACUGCGGCGUGCUCGCGGCCUUGCAGGAGUCGGACGAGCCGGCCGCGCUCGUGACGGACAGCAGCACCGUCGCGGCGUUCGCGCACAAGAUGGAGCUGCCCCAGGACACCGUACACGGGAUAUGGACGCGCAUGUACGAAGCGGCGCUCGCCAAGCUGCGCUUCUCGUCGCGGCUGGGCGACGUGAAGAACCCCUCGCGGCCGUCGUCGCUGGACUGGCACGUCAUCGACCUGGCGCUGCUGUACGACCCCGGGCAGGCCGCGCUGGCCACCGAAAGCUUAUCCAAUUCAUUGGAAGUGGAAGCGAUGCUUCAACUCUACAAACUGAUAACUGAGGCGGACAACAAACUCGACAAGCACAAACAAGAAAACCAAAAUAACACGGAGAAAACUCCCAACACCACAAAAAACACGCAAAAUGUAUCGGAAGUAACCCAAAGUGCCACAGAGACAACCAAAAAUGUGACUGAAACAACUCAAAAUGUGACGGAAACAACCCAAAAUACAGCUGGAACCCCCCAAAAUGCCUCUGAAAUGAUCCAAAGUGAACAGUCAAACACGCCCCAAACCGAGCACCAAAAUGAAAGUGGCACCCAAAUUGAGAGCUCAGCAACUAGUUCUAAAACUCAAGCAGGCAGCCGACCGCCAGCCGCGAGUGGAGCUGGUCCCCUCAAGAGCCGCGCCGAGGCUGUGCCGGAGUGGGAGAGCGCUGAGCUGUGGGCCAUGGUGCAUUCCGAAUAUAACAAGCGUGGACGCGUGGCGUCGCUGGUGACGCUUCAGAAGCGCUGGCACGAGCUGAAGCUGCUGGCGCGCGACGGCAUGCUGCGGUGCUUGCGCGACCAGAGCCAGAAGCCGCACCCGCUGCUGCUGGCCAUCGUCAAAAGGUUCCCGCACGUGGUGACGUCGCCGCUGGCGCCGUGGGCGCGCCUCGUGAAGGAGCGCCGCGUGCACGGCCACGACGCCGUCGCUGACGCCUCGAUACAAGCGACACUGGCUGACGUGCCGAGCUGCGUAUCGAUGAGCGACGUGAUGACCGACCUGCUGGAGUGGAGCGACGACGAGCCCGAGAUCAUCGAAGCCGAGAAGGAAGUCAUCGACCUCGACUCCGACAACGAAGCUGACACCGACGCAGACAAGGCUAAACAGGAGCAACGCAAACCUGCGCUCAGAACUAUCAAAACUGAAAAACCUGAUGACAGCCAUACAAACCCACCGCAACCCAACACUAACACUACUGACCAUACUGCUAUAACGCAACAAGCUGACAACCCUAGUGCAAACACACCACACGUAGUAAAAUCUGACCAAUUGAAUAAUAAUGGGAAACUAACGUCAGAAAAUACUAGUAUUUUAAAUGUUAGUAUGCAAACGUUAAUAGACAACUCUUGUUUAGCGAAGCUGCGGAGUAUGCCAGAAGUUAAGAGACAACAAAUAGAUGGUACAAUAAAAGAGAAUACGACAACUGCAGAUGUCGAAGCAACAACAGAAACGAACACACGGAAAGCCAAGAGUAGAAUCAUAUUCGAAGAUGACGACGAUUUGGAUGAAAUCGACAACUUUCUUGCCAACUUCAAUACGGACCACGAACUGAAUGACGAAAUUAUGAACGAUAACGAUAAUGUUACAGCUCAAAGCGAUAAACCAUCGCCUUUACAAUACAAGAGUAACAGUUACUCACACAAUAAUAGCCGAAAAGGCAAUUCUAGAGUUAAAAGUGAAACUGACGAAAGUGACACUGAUUCACACAUGAAUGAACACACGAGCGGGCCUACAUCUAAUAAUAAAGAAGAGAGACUCAAUCGGUUGACGUUGAAAAGAAAAUUAGUUGAUAAUUACUAUAAGAAAGUGCCGCGCGAUUGUUUCAAAGAUGUUGUGGCAGAGACAGGGGCGGGAGACAGUGACGCCAGUGUCUCCAGAGAAGGCGACAGCGACAGCGACAGUGAAGAAGCCACCGUCGGCAACUAUAUUGACGAGAAGCUGUUGGAGCUGUCGCGCGUGAUCCUGACGCCGCUGGAGCACAUCUGGGAGUGGCAGAGACACGCGCGCGGCAACACGCUCAACUGCCGCUACUUCAGCGUGCGGCGCCUCGCGGCCGCCGUCACGGUCACCGCCAGGCAGCUGAACGCGUGCCGGCGCUACGUGCCGCCCGCGAGUGCGAGCGGGACGGGCGUAGCGCGCGCGAGCGGGACGGGCGUAGCGCGCGAGAAGUGCGACGAGUUCCGCGACAUGCCGCGCGCGUACAAGGUGAUGAAGAAGAAGCUGUGCCACCGCCUGCGCCUGUCGCGCACCUUCCUGGCGCCCGGCUUCUGGACGUCGGCGCGCAACGUGGCGCAGCUGUGCGUGUGCGACCCGCUGACCGUCACGCUGGAGCGCCUGCCGCCGCGCGUCGUCAAGAAGGUGGAGUUGCCGGACAUCGCGGAGGUGCGCCGCAUCAACAGCACGCUGCUCACGGCGCAGGUGGCGCCCAUCAGCGUCGAGACGUCGACGGAUGGCGACACGUCGCCCGUCUCGGACGCUGCACAUGAAGCCACAAGAAGCGCGCCUCGCGCGGAGGAACGUGAGGGCGCGGAGGAGGAGGCGGCGCUGCCCAGCCGAGAGGACCUCAUGAAGAUGAUAAAAACUCUUGUGCACCCCAGCAUGCAGGCGCUGCGGGAGGCGGAUGCGAGCCUGCGGCGGCAGCGGCAGCGGGACGGCGCGGCGGCGGACGAGUGGGAGGAGGCGAUGCUGCAGAGCCAGCGCAACAAGUGCCAGCAGCUCAACAAGGACAUCAUAAACCUCAUCGGCGCGCACAACGACACUCCACCGAAGAGAAGGCCGGCUCCACAAAGUAAGAAGGCUUCUCAGAAGAAAUCCAAACAGACCCACGAGGAGGAGCAACCGCUCCCCGACGCCUACCAGGAGUGGCAGCGACAGAAGACGCUCGUUCACAAGUACUUCAACUUCAACACGCCCGCCGGCAAGCAGCCGACCAGCAACCCUCCCCGCACCAAGGCGCGAGCUGCCCACACAGCUCCGCGAGUGAACGAUCCCACUGAGCCAAACAACAUCGGCCUCAUGAGCGUCAGCGAUGACGACGACUCGACGGACGGACACAGAACAAACGACCACACAAAGAGACCACUCGCGAGCGACGACUCGGACAGCUCAAACAAGCGAGCGAAACCUACCGAAGAUCAUCCGAACGAAACGGCCAGAAGUAACGAAGAAAACGCAGAUUCCGAUGACGACGCCGACAGGAUGAUCAUCGACGAAGGCAUCCACGACAUCGACGAGCCCGCCUCCAGCGACCCCCUGUCCGCGCCCGACCUGCGCCUCACCAUCAUGCCCGUCAGCUCCGUGGGCGGCCUGCGCGCCGACCACGACGCCUCCUCCAACGUCGUCUACGUCGUCAAGACGCACAAGAAGGUGAACGUCCCGAAGAACGCUGACGUCGUACCCACGUCGUCCACCGUCAGCAGCAUCAAGCUGCCGGACGCCUCCCUGACGCGCAACCCGCCGCGCCCCCCGCCCCGCAACCCGCCAGGCAACCCGCCCGUCACCUGCAUCAACACCGCGCUGCCCACGUACUACUUCAUCCAGUCCGGCCAACCAGUUCACGGAAACCCCCAGUUCAAAGUGCACUCCGGCCCUCCACUGCGAUCCAUCGUGCCCAAAUAUAUACCCAUCUCGGCCCUGCCUCGAAGCGUGAUCGAUGGGUCUGAAAGUGCUCCGACGUGCGCCGCGCCCACCUACCCCACCAACGUGAUCAGGAUGAGGCGGCCGGGACCGCUGUCAUCCAAAUCAAGCUCUAAUGCGACUGGCGUUGCAACUUCGAAAGCUUCGGGACCGAAGAAAUCUAGUCUAGACAGGGCCAACGAGCAAACACCUCGACGUGAAAUCGUCGAAAUCGAUCUAACGUCCGACACCGAGGAGGACGGCACGGCCGGUAACGUGGCUCCUAAACUUAUCAGUGUUACUUCGAUGUCAGAAAUUAGAAAAGGGAAUGACGUUGCGAAUCCAUCGACAGAUGUAGACGGUAAGGAUGACGUGAACACGCCCGGUGAUACAGUCGGUUCCACGACAUCGGCCGUCGUGCGCGCGAGACAGCUGCUGACCCUCGAAGUGGGCCCGAUCAAAACUACCGCAAAUACAAGGACAUAUUCCAAAAAGAGAACUCUUCCAGGGACACCGGAAGUUGACGCCAGUCGAAACGAUAGUUCCGUCAACUUCACCUUUUUCUUGAAAAACGAUCCGCCGUGGCUUAAACACAAAGACGCGGCCGAAACCAUAGGUCCAGAUUCUGAAGCUAGGGACGGACACGAAGCCGGUUCACUGCGCACGUCGAUCAAACGAGAGAAAGAUCUCGAUAUCGACGCCUCGUCCGGCGACAGCGAGUCGGCGGACGUCGACGUGGAGACCUUGCCGGGGGUCGCGGUCAAAACGGAGAGCCCCAGUCCGACCAAACCUGCCCCGGCUCGAGCCACGGACAAAAUUGCACUCACAACCACCUCGCCGAAUCAAAACACAAGAACGAGUUCAUUAAAAACAACCCAAAAAGGUGACACUGGCAGAAUCGUAAUACAAACGACUUCUCAAAACCCAGACACAGUCAAAAGUCUAUUGAAAACACUAUCUCAAAAAGAAGAUUCCAGUAGAAGUGUACUGAAAGGGCCCGCUCCGACCGCGCGACCCGCGCCCACUCCGCCGCAGGACACAGACAAUAUACCCAUCAAAAUAACGAGUACAAUGACUUCAAAAGAUCUUCUCAAGUUAAGUCCGGAAGAACUAGCGCGUCUGUUGGAGAACGACGAUGAUUUCGAAGAAGUCGUGGAAUACGCACACGCACCGCACGGGAAAGUGGAUACAACACAACACAAAGUGGAUACAACACAACACAAAGUGGAUACAACCCAACACAAAGUGGAUACAACACAACACAAAGUGGAUACAACACAACAUAAAGUGGAUAAAACACAACAAAGAGUGGAUAAAACACAACAAAGAGUGGAGAAAGCACAACAAAAAGUGGUUAUAUCACACCAUAUAGCGCCUAUACAGAUUAAAAAAGAGAAAGUGUGGGAGGAAGAAAUAGAGCGGUCGAAAGGCAGAGAUCUCCAAAGGAUCAGUGUAGAGGGAGUGGAAGUGAAGAAGGAGCCGGGUGGGAGUGGAGUGGAGAGUGAGAAAGACUUGGCCGCUAAUUUGGAUCUGCUCCUGCAGGGGGUGCCCACUCUCAGUGAGCUCAAAAAUUCAAUGGAUGUCAUCUGUGGUGACGAGGUGCCCGUCGCCGACGAGGAGGGAGAGGGCCCCAUGUUCCAGUCCAUCGCGGACCUGGGCCGCUGCGCGAUCGACGUGCGCGAGUACGUGGACAAGAUCACGGACCCCGAGGAGCCGAUCCUCAAGCUGGACUUCUCGGAGCCGCUGUGGGUGCUGGCGCAGAAGUACCUGCUGCUCACGGACGAGAACAUCCAGUACGCGACCCCCUCCUACGUCACCAGCGUGCGCACGAGCGACGUGGCGCCCUACACGCAGAUACGCUUCCCGGACGACGUGCGGAACAAGCAGACGCUGGACCUGGGCACCAAGAAAGGCAGAGACGUGAUGGUGUGCGGCUGCGGCGGCAAGGGGCAGUGCAUGCUGUGCCAGAGCAUCGCGGGCGAGGACGGCAAGGCGCCCGAGUUCGAGAUCUACAAGCCCAAGUUCAACAAGCUGUGCCGCGCCUGCGGGCUCGACCCCAAGCGGGAGCGCGCCAGGAUAUUCACGAUAAAGCAGCGGCCGUACCGCAAGAUCGGCGACACGCCGCUGAAGUUCGUGGUGGUGGACGUGCGCAAGCGCUGCCGCGUGUGCAAGGACGGCGCGCAGUUCGUCGCCAACCCCGACACGCUCGUCAUCAACGACAAGCACUACGAGAAGAUGCGCGACGAGCCGCUCAUGUACGCGCCCGUGCUGAGCGUGGUGCAGGGGCCGGCGCGCUGCGCGCGGCUGGCGCGGCGCGAGGCGGAGCUGUACCUGCACAACCUGCGCACGGCGCACCGGCGCCGCGUGCUGUACCGCGCCGACGCGCAGUUCGCCGCCUUCAACGCGGCCGUCAAGACGGCCAUGAGCAAGAUGGACCGCGAGGAGGUGGACGCGUGGUACCGCCGCAAGGUGGACAAGGACUGAUAGCGAGUGACCGCAGCACUUACGACGCACCUCUACCACUGAACUGACUGUAAUGUCUGCUUCACACGAAACAGAAGCAUGAAGAAACCCCAUAAGAAAUUCAAUGGACAUGACUAUUAAGCUAGUACCUUCUUCGAAAACUCAAGAGUUUUUUUUAAUAUACCACAUAUCCCUGCCAGGGCGAGGCACUUCCAUGUUAGGCAGGUACCCUUACGCGCUAUCGAAUAAAUAAAAAACAAUGUUGUUUGGUGUAAAUAAGUAGAUAUUAAAUAAAUUUAUAGCCUUACUAGAGAAUG